CCACUCUCACGCUUCCGGUCUCACCUUCCCUGGCUACUAUAAAAUCCUUGCAUGUAAACCAAGCAAAAUGCGCACACCAUUUCAUUUCAAAGCAAUCUCUUAACAUUGUUGUAUGAGUUUGACAACAAAAAAAUCGAAAUGGAAUGCGCAGCCGAAAAAAAUUCCAUUUCCAUAUCAAAAAUUGAGGUUGUCAUAGACAAAACUAAAACAUCAUGAAUAACCACAAAUCAACAACAAUGGUCGUAAAGCGAUCGUUAACAAAAUCCUUAAAAUGCAUAUUAACAAAACUACAUGCAGGUUAUUUCAGAAUUAGUCUCUCACUUGGUGGGAGCACAAGCGGCGGCGAAAAUGGGAUGGAAAGAGAGUGCUGUUUGUUUGUUUUCAUUAGGGAUGGUUCAUUAUUUGGUGUUGUUUGUUACACUUUAUCAAAGGUUGUCGGGUGGAGAUAGACUUCCUGUGUUUUUUUUCUUGUUCUUUGUAGCUCCUGGUGUCGCUAGUUUGGCUUGGGAAUCUAUUGUUGGAGAUUUUGAUACUGUUUCCAAGAUGCUAUUCUUUCUCUCUCUAUUCAUCUUCGUCUCACAUAUUUGUAGGCCAAGCCUGUUCAGAAGAUCUAUGAGAAGGUUCAAUGUUGCAUGGUGGGCUUACUCUUUUCCUGUUACUAUGCUUGCUUUGGCUUCCACAAACUAUGCAAAACAAGUCAAAGGAACUGUUUCACACAUCCUAAUGCUCCUUCUUUUGGCACUCUCUGUUUUGGUCUCUGUUUUUCUUACUGUCUUCACUUUGCUCAACUCUAAGAUGCUUCUACCAGAUAACGAUCCCAUUGCAAGCUUACUCAUUGUUUAA